GUGCAUUGGCUCAGUCUGUAUUGUGAUGUUCGGGAAAAUACAGUAAUACUGGUAAGAUACUGUAAGGACCAGGAUGCUGAAGAUUGUUCUCAUGAAAUUUGCUUACCUUCUGACUGUCAGUUUACCGGCAGCCGCAGAUGUUUCCCACAGUGAGACCACAGUAUCUGGGUAUGAAUUCAGCUCUCCUGCCAGCACACCGCUGCCUCUCACUGUCACAGCUUCAGAAGCUUCAGUAUCUGGACGUGAAUUCAGCUCUCCUGCCAGCACACUGCCACCUCUCACUGUCAUAGGUUUCCAGAUCAGACUUGUCAGUGGGAAUGGAAGGUGCUCUGGAAGAGUGGAGGUCUAUCACAGUGGCCAGUGGGGAACCGUGUGUGAUGAUGACUGGGAUAUGAAUGAUGCUGCAGUGGUCUGCAGGGAGCUGGGCUGUGGCACAGCUGUGUGUGCUCCAGGUAGAGCCCGGUUUGGCCAGGGGACUGAAGGAAUUUGGAUGGAUGGUGUUGGCUGUACAGGCAGUGAAUCUUCACUCUCACAGUGCUCACACAGACGGUUUGGAAUUCACAACUGUGGUCAUGGAGAGGAUGCAGGUGUUGUCUGCUCAGCCGCAGAUGUUUCCCACCAGGGGGACUGUGUGUAUGAGACCACAGUAUCUGGAUAUGAAUUCAGCUCUCCUGCCAGCACACCGCUGCCUCUCACUGUCACAGCUUCAGAAGCUUCAGUAUCUGGACGUAAAUUCAGCUCUCCUGCCAGCACACUGCCACCUCUCACUGUCAUAGGUUUCCAGAUCAGACUUGUCAGUGGGAAUGGAAGGUGCUCUGGAAGAGUGGAGGUCUAUCACAGUGGCCAGUGGGGAACCGUGUGUGAUGAUGACUGGGAUAUGAAUGAUGCUGCAGUGGUCUGCAGGGAGCUGGGCUGUGGCACAGCUGUGUGUGCUCCAGGUAGAGCCCGGUUUGGCCAGGGGACUGAAGGAAUUUGGAUGGAUGGUGUUGGCUGUACAGGCAGUGAAUCUUCACUCUCACAGUGCUCACACAGACGGUUUGGAAUUCACAACUGUGGUCAUGGAGAGGAUGCAGGUGUUGUCUGCUCAGCCGCAGAUGUUUCCCACCAGGGGGACUGUGUGUAUGAGACCACAGUAUCUGGAUAUGAAUUCAGCUCUCCUGCCAGCACACCGCUGCCUCUCACUGUCACAGCUUCAGAAGCUUCAGUAUCUGGACGUGAAUUCAGCUCUCCUGCCAGCACACUGCCACCUCUCACUGUCAUAGGUUUCCAGAUCAGACUUGUCAGUGGGAAUGGAAGGUGCUCUGGAAGAGUGGAGGUCUAUCACAGUGGCCAGUGGGGAACCGUGUGUGAUGAUGACUGGGAUAUGAAUGAUGCUGCAGUGGUCUGCAGGGAGCUGGGCUGUGGCACAGCUGUGUGUGCUCCAGGUAGAGCCCGGUUUGGCCAGGGGACUGAAGGAAUUUGGAUGGAUGAUGUUGGCUGUACAGGCAGUGAAUCUUCACUCUCACAGUGCUCACACAGACGGUUUGGAAUUCCCAACUGUGGUCAUGGAGAGGAUGCAGGUGUUGUCUGCUCAGCCGCAGAUGUUUCCCACCAGGGGGACUGUGUGUAUGAGACCACAGUAUCUGGAUAUGAAUUCAGCUCUCCUGCCAGCACACCGCUGCCUCUCACUGUCACAGCUUCAGAAGCUUCAGUAUCUGGAUGUGAAUUCAGCUCUCCUGCCAGCACACUGCCACCUCUCACUGUCAUAGCCUCCCUGUCCCUGGCAAACAAGUUAAGAUUGUCAGCAGUUUUGCUGCUUCCGGUACUGCUGCCAAUUAUCCUCUUCCUGGCGUUUCGAAAGAGAAGACACAGCCCUGAAGAAUUUCAGCUGAAUGUCAGAAUGUCAGAAUGUCAUCAGACAGUCAGCAGAGAAUAUUAGUGCCUCAAAACAGAGGAACACAUACAGUACAGUCUUCUGUCACGUGCAAGCGUCCCUGAUCGCCUAGGAAUUAUGGUCCAGGGCUAGAGACAGCACAGCUUGGAAGGUGUGAUGGUGCUUCUUUAAUAGCACAUAAAACAGGGUACAAUUGGCCACCAAAUUGGAAAUCGUAAAAGAAAUGUAAAAAAUAUAUCAUAAUAAAACAAAAGAACACAAAUUGUACCGCUGUCCAAAUACUUACAGACUGCACAGAACAUCUGACGUGUACUUACCUUGUAGAACCCAGGGGUACUAGGCAGGGUGGUCCCCUCUCUCCGGUAUUAUUUGCUAUUGCUACUGAGCCAUUGUCAAUCUGCUUCCACACAAGUCAUAGGGUAAAGCGCAUUGUUAGAACCCGAAAAGAGCUAAACAUUUCUUUAUAUGCUGAUGAUGUGGUCAUCUACAUCUCUGACCCUUUUGCCAGUCUUCCUCAUGCGCUUUGCAUUUUAGAUCAAUUUAAUGUCUUUUCAGGCUACAAAUGAAACAUGAAGAACAAGGAGUUUUUCCCCAUACAUCCGAAGGCUGUAUCUCUGCCACCCUUACGUUUUCCUUUUAAGCUAACCUCAACUCAGUUUGGCUACCUGGGAGUUAAAAUAACACGCUAAAACUUUAAAUACAACUUCAUUACUCUAUUGGAGCAAACUAAGCAGGAUUUCACCAGAUCAGUCAAAUACCAUGGCAUUUUCUUUUGCUCGACUGGAAGAUAGAAGGUAUUCUCUUCUCUCACAUACACAUAAUGAGCCUCAUUUACCAAACGUGAGCCCAACCAAAUUCCCCCUCAAUUCUUCGGAAAUGCAUUUGCACAAAUGAUGUGGGAUUUAUCUAAGUUUUCGGAUGUCAGUUUUUUCGUAGGAGCCAAACAAACUUCUUGAGUGGUCUCAGCUGUUCGUAUUGUGCACGGAAAUCAAAGCACACAGUUGUAAAGUGUGCUUUGUGCAUUUAUUAUUCCAUUCAUUUAUAUUUUAUUUUAUUUUGAGUGGCAAAAUUAUUUUAAUAGCCAAUUGAAUAUCAUUUUCACAUUUUUCACAUCAUACAGGAUUCAACAUUAAAAUUAAAUCCUGAUUAGUUAAUGCUUAAUUGGAGUAUAAUAUAAAUUCCAUAAAACAGGUAAAAAGUUAAAUAAGUAGGGCAGAGCCUACAAGUCUAAGAGUUUGCUAUAAAUGGGGCGUACCCUGCUUACACUGUCGUUCCUAUCUGGCCUCUCUUUACAUUUAGUCGAAAUCUAUUGCUUUAGCCUAUUAGAAGAUUUGGGGCAUAGCGUAUCCUACUUCGGAAAGAGCGCAUAUUCAAAGACCGAGACAAUUUCUUUCUCACAGAAGAGACAAUAAUGGCGAGUUCAAGUUCAAACAUCAUGGUAUAGAAGUGGCAUGGCAUGUGGCUGAUGUGCUUCAUUUGUUAAUGAGUUUCGUUUUUUUACCUCGCAUUAAAUUUCAGAGGUUGACGUGAACUGAUUUUUCCAGUCAGAAGGUGGUAAUGACGAUAUGACGUGAACGCAGCAUUACUCUCUUUAGAUUAGAUGCAUGGCUUACUUCCAGAACAUGGUCAGGUGCUUUCCGUCCUCAGCUUCUUGUGGACUCGCCCAGGACCGUGAAAAUAUAUCGAUCCUUGAUCACCCCAGUCUGUAACAUCACUCCUAUAAUUUUAUAACUUUGCCUCCAGUUUUAUGUCAAACCAUUUUUUUACAAAAACAGCAAUAUCUCAGAUGCAUAGGCCAAUGCAGUAUUCCAGUUCUAUGUGGCGCAUAUGUAGUUUAUGAAGCCUAUAUAAACAACAGUAGGCUAAGUACCAAUGUUUAGAUGUUAGUUUGGAUGAAAAGAAGGAAGCCUGCACACUGAUAUGCUCCUUACACACCUUUAUCGUAGACAAUGUUUCAAUCUCAGAGGAUCUUCGUGAGGUUUGGCACAUUGCUUUAUGCUUAUCCACGAGGACAAUAAGCUUAAUUUCCUUGUGCUUUUUGAGCAGAAUAAACAAUGAACAAUAAAGGUGAGUUCAAGUUCAAGUUUAUUACAAGAAAACAUCAUGGCAUAGAAGAUGUUAAUCCUAAAUAAGUUUUAGAUACAUGUUCACAAAGAGAAGUUACAAAGUAGCUGUAGCACACAGUCAUAUAAUAAUAAAAAAAUUAAUGUGGAGGCUACACAGUAUUUUUUCUCUGCCAUCUUUUUAAAUUGCCUGAAAUUAAUUUCCAUGGUCCUUAUACGUAGGGGGUGUUCAUUUAUGAAUGUAAUGAACUUGAAAAUGACAUUCACAGUCACACACCGACCCCUGAUAUUUCUGAGAGGAACUCCCCCUUUCCGGCCCUGUUGGCGGAACAGGGCUGGAGAGCAAACCUACCUGACUGGGACCUGGGGAAAGGAGAGAUGACAGGAAUGGGAAGGAAACACAUGGAGGGAACUAGUAAUCAGACUUUGACAGCCUCGAUGGACACCCGCACCCGCAGACCAACCAGGAGGGCCAGAAGGCGGGGUUUGCACUUUGAGAACGUUUCAUAGGUUCCAAUACACUUGGUAAAGUGGAGAAAAGUAUUUGGAUCCAAUUACGUAUUUGGCCCGCAUCUGUUAUUUUUGAAGUGUAAUGUUGAUCAGUGUGCCCAAGUGAGAUACCAAUGGAGAGGUAAUCAGGAAGUGGGAGUUAUACUAGUUGAUUUUGUAUCAUUUUAUAUGUAUAACUCAAUGCCAAUAUUAAUCUGAUUUUAAAGAUAUGUUUUUUUAAGACCAUAUAUAUUGUCUUCAAAUUCUAGCUUUUUCAAUUUGUUUAAAUGUACGUGAACACAAAUUAUUGUUAUGGCUUAUUGAUCACAUUGUUAUGCUUUAUAUUGUUGGUUAAACAAAAUAAAUUCACAAGUGGACAAUCACCUGUCAUUCACAUCA